CAUGUUCACUUUUUACUUAAAUUUACAUGGAAGGGACUCGCAAGGCAAACAUGAAAUUUUAACUUUAUUUUAGUAUCAUGAAGAAAUGGCAAACAUUGUUUCCUAUGUGAAAAUAUUAUGAUAACAGGAAAUGAGAAAACUUGUAAUAAAAUCUUUUGGAAUUAACAAUGCUGAAUAAAAAAAUUUCUUCAUGACAUUGUGCCUGGAUGCUGUAUUUAUGACAUUCAUUGCGGCAAUUUUUGUUGUGAAAUACGUAAUUCAUUGUUUGAAUGAAAGAAGUAAAAACAAGGAGUUUAUGAUGAGAUUAGUUCAUAAUGAAGGUAAUUUUGGUCGGAAAUGAGAAAAAGGAUAUGGAAAAUAUGCCCAAAACUAUGAUAGAUGUUCUCAGUGGCAUGUUAAAUGACAAUCAUCAGUUCACGUGGCGUGUGCACGGAAUGCACGAUAAAGUUGUGAUGAACAUAAUGUGGUCUAAUACACAUGGAUCUAAUCCCGAUUUCCCUCAGAAAAAUUUCACAUUGUCGUCUGCUUCUAGUACUGCUGGAUUAUCACCACAGAGUUUACCUGAAGAAAACAAUCACACAAAAGCCACAACUCCUAGUUCGCAUACCCCACCCACUAGUGAUAUAGAGGCAUCUGAUACACCAGAAGUCACCAAGGGGAAAGUCGCAGAAAGGAGGGAAGGGCGUAAGGUGCUGCCCCCUAUCCCAGAUAGUGAAACUGAGGCUGAGAUGUCAGCGAGUGUAAUUAAUAAAAACAGCAUAAUGACAGGUGGCGGUGGCGGUGGUAAUGGACAAUUCAAACUGGAGUAUAUUCUCAUGAAUGAAUAUAACAUGUUACACAAACAGAAACUGCCAGGAAUAUAUGUGAUACCAUCAGCAUUGUCUCCCUUCAUAUGGAAUGGUGUGAUAUUUAUCCGUCAGGGUCUCUACCAAGAUGCUGUGUUCAGAUUUAACCUCAACAUUCCUGAGAACUAUCCAAAUGGUGAUUGUCCUAGAGUAUUUUUUGAGUACCCUGUCUUCCAUCCACUGGUUGAUCCUAAAACGUUUGAACUGGAUGUGAAAAGAGAAUUCAAGAAGUGGAGACGAAAUGCCAAUUACCUGUGGCAGGUGCUUUUGUACAUUAGAAGAAUUUUCUUCAAAAUAGAUCCCAAGUGUCCUUCAAACACAGAGGCAGCCGAACUAUAUGAACAUGACAUGGAACAGUUCAGAAAGAAGAUUGAGGGAACUGUUUGCUCAAGUAAAGAAGUGCUUUAUAACCCAAUAGAAUCUAAUGAUGCUCAUAUGAUAAGAUUUUCACCCUGGGACAGCAGUACACAUGAAGAAGCUAAGUCAGACAUGCUCACUCGCAAGGUAAAGUCGUCAUCUAACUCUAAGUCAGAAAAACCAAAGUGACCUUGAAACAGAACCUCAUAAAAAGAACGGUUUAUCUUGGAUAAAACCUGGAACUACACAAACUUUCGCACAGGAUGAAGUUAAUUCUGUACGGUGAAAUAUUUAAUAAACGUGCUAUUUGUGCAGGCAUUUAGUUAUUCCCUGGAACUGAAAGAUGUGCUGAUAUGUUCUGUGAAAACAGCUUACACGUGUAAGAAAUUCUGUUUAAGAUUGAGAGCUCUACCAGUGAAAGACUUCAACAAGCUAUAUCGUAUAUGCAAUACCCUGGCGUUUGGUCAGUCAUUUCAUAUCAUGUGAAAUUAUUUGCAACAUAUCACUGAAAUGAGAUUAACUUGAUUUAUAUAUUUCAGUAAAAUCUGUGCAAGAUAUUUAUAACUUCUGCAUGUAUGAUGUAGGUUUUAUGUAAAAAAUCACACUUGUGUUGGAGCUUUUUUUUUAUGAAAGAUUGAAACAAUGUUUUCAGUAGGAAGUUUUUGCCAAGAGAGUUUUGUGGCAUUUGAUGGAAUUUGUGCUAUUAAUAGAAACUAUAUAUACUUGACUAUAAGUUGGAUAUUGUACAAGAUGGUGGCAUUUUGCAAUACAAUACCAGACAAUACUAUAUACAUUACCCGGCUGAAACACACUGACUCAUUUGAUUGGUCAUGAACACAGCAUGAUCAGGUCCUCUAAAACUGAUAUAAGACACCACUGAUAUGAAAUAUUUUCAUACUUUUCAUACUUUUUCAUAUAAGAUCAUGGAUACACAACAUUACAGUUGUAAACUUCAUUUGUGGUGAACAUGAAGUUUUUUUGACUUGCGUAAAAGUAAAAUGGUUUCGUAGGUUUUUUUGUUACCUUGAUCAAUAUUACUUUGAGGCAGGUCAUAAAAACUACAUAAUAUAUGGACCUGAACAUAUGUCUAUUAUUACAUUAGCAUUUGAUAAGAAUUUAUUUUCAAAGUAUUCAAAUCAAUUAUUGGUGUUUGUGUGUAAUAUUAAGACAAAUUGUGAUAAUGAUAAGAAUGAACUUUCAAGUUUUGAUAUAAUAUUGAUACUUUGAGAAGAAAUCUUUGUGUAUUUUACUUCACUCUGUUAAGCAAAGGAAAACUUCAGUUUUGAGAGAUUUUAUCAUGUCUGUUUUGUGAAGGUUGACAACGAAUUUCAUUCAUAACUGUUAAACCUGAGAUAUAUUGUACUGGAGGAAGCUUUUUUUCUGUAUGGUUGUAUAAGUCACAUGGGUCUUCUGUAUUUAUAUACUUGUUGUCAGAUUCCUAAUAACAGAAGUAUUUUUUCAUUAUGGACUUCAAGCAUGAAUUUUUAGCCAGGAUUUUUUUUAUUUGAAUUGUUUUUGGUGGUAUGGUUCAUCUCUAUAUUGAUCCAAAUAGAUUGUUAAUUAUAUUAGCUUGUUGUUAUCAAAGAUUACAUUAUAUGAGCCGCGCCAUGAGAAAACCAACAUAGUGGCUUUGCGACCAGCAUAGAUCCAGACCAUUCGCGCAGUCUGGUCAGGAUCCAUACUGUUCGCUUUCAAAGGCUAUUGGAAUUAGAGAAACUGUUAGCUAACAGCAUGGAUCCUGACCAGACUGUGGAUGCGCAGGCUGGUCUGGAUCCAUGCUGGUCGCAAAGCCACUAUGUUGGUUUUCUAAUGGCACGGCUCAUUAUAUUUAUUAAAAUGGAACAAUUGUUUUUAGAGGUUUUCGGAUUUAAAUUACCAUUGCAUGAUUAUUCUAGUGAUAUAAUUACCACAUAUUUCUGAUCAAGCUGUACAUUAACAUUGAAACUGAAAAAUUAUAUUGCUUAUUUACUUUGCAGAGGAUGUUUUGUAAUUUUACCACAAGGGUACCAUUAAGUAUUGAGUCCCAUUACUAAGCCCAAGUCUUGUAUUUAUUUAUGUACUGUCACAUUAACAAUGACUUUAUUGGAGGAUAAUGCUUUGUGAAAUAGAAUGUUGAAAUUUGAUUAACAUCCUGAUUUUAAUAUGUUCAGUGAGUUUGGAAUAAUAGACAAAGGCUGAAUAAGAAACUUUGUCAGUAAAGACUUAAAGAAUCUACAUAUUGUAAGUAAAGACUUAAAGAAUCUGCAUACAUAACUUGUACGGGAAAUAUCAUAGUACGGUUUAAUAAGAAACUUAGUCAGUAAAGACUUAAAGAAUCUGCUUAUGUAACUUGUAAGGUAAAAUUCACGGUACAGUUGUUGUUAAUUUGGUGGCUUGAAAAUGUCUUGCUGUAUGAUAUAGAAGUUAAUUUUGUGCAAUAUAACUAAUGAAAUUGACAUGGGUAUAUAUGAAAAGUUAUUGUUUGUCUAUAUAUAGAUUUAUGAAUUUUGUAUUUAAAUAGAUGUUUUUUUAUACUUACCUGUGUGUUAUAGAGCCAUGGUAAGGAAUGUCAAAUUCACCUUCAGAGCAAUUCCAGUAUUUCAGUAUUCUUUUAAUUUUGUUUACUGAAAAUUUCUUACAUACAACCUGAAUUGAUAAUCAAACUUGUUCUGGCGGAGUGAGACAAAAAUUAGUGACUUUACAAUAUUUCCUUUACUCAUCAAAAAAAAAAAAGAUGAUUUAUUACAAGGUGUUGUUCACUUUCAGGUGAAAUUAAGUAAGAAAAUUUCUUAAAAACAUAUUCAAGUUUAAAUUCAGUAUUUUAACAUACUGACAAUUAUUAUUUUGUUGGGUGUUUUUUUUUUGCCUCCAUACAUUUUGCUUGAUGCUUUGAUAUCAGGAAAAUGGAAAUUUACUUAAUUUUUGUCAGUAAUUUAAUUUAAAACCAAAAAUCUACAAUCUGAACAGAAAUUGGUUAGCCUAAGUGGUCUCAAAAAGAGGUAAGAAUAGCAAAAAGUUUAGUUGUUUUUGCUGUGGUGACAUUUAAAUAGACAACUAUAUUUGUCCUUGUUAGAGGGUGUUUAAUGUUCUAUAUGGCUCAACUGAAUCACACCAAUAUUUGACAAUUAUGCAAUGAAUACAAUAUGAAACAUUU